AUGCGUCGCAUCCAAUUCACUAUCAACGCUCUUGGUCAUUGCCGGCGACUUCCUCUUUCAAGUCCUCACCUCAACCCCUUACUCAACCCUCUACAUCACCAUUAUGUAUCCCAGCAUAAAUUGAUUGCACUGACUGGAAGACGAUGCUUUUCGCACACUCCCUAUUUCUACAAGAAGAAGGACAAAUUGAACAAGAACACUGGCACAGAGCUUGAUACAAAGUCUCCGAAAGGUGGCGUGGUUUCCGAUGACCCUCUCGAUCUUUCUCAGCUUCAGGUUGGCAUUACAACUGCCGUCUCUCGGCUUAAAGAUGAUUUAUCCAAACUUCGUGUCGGUGGUAGAUUCAACACUGGGGCAAUCGAAACCCUCCGGGUCCAACUCAACAAGGGGAGCAAAGAAGUGGUAAAACUGGGGGAGCUCGCCCAGGUUAUUCCUAAGGGUGGGCGAAUGGUAGCUAUCCUGGUGGCUGAAGAAGAGCACAUAAAGCCCAUCAACUCGGCGAUCGUCUCCUCAAACUUAUCCCUGACGCCGCAGUCAGAUGCUCAUAAUGCUCUUCAACUCAAUAUCCUAAUACCACCACCGACGAAAGAAUCCCGGGAUCAAACUGUGCAUAUCGCAAAAACCGCAAUGGAAAAGGCAGCUAGUUCUAUUCGCGAUUCCAGAGGCGCUGUUCACAAACGUUUACAAGAUAUGCAGAAAAAAAAAAUUGCCAGGCCAGAUGACGUUCGGAAAGCACAGGAUCAAAUGGAAAAGCUAACUGAAAAGGGGCAGAAAGAACUGAAAGAUUUGUUUGAUGCGGCGAAGAAGGCAUUAGAGCGGGCGUAA